GGAGAACGCCAGCUUGGUACCACCUUAUUACUUUCACAACGAAACUACUCCUGAUACAAAACAUACCUUGACUUCCCUGUCGCCAAUCGAUUGCUCGAAACCUUCGCAAUGAUCAGAUUACACUGGUUCGCCGUUCACGGCUUCUUUCUCCUUACCCAGUUGGCUUUCAUGAUCGCCGGCAUCGCGGCUUUUGUGUCAAGGCCAUUGAACUUCCAUCAUCCGAUGCCGCCUGAGAUUCCCUGGGGAUCCUGUGCUUUGAGCGGUUUUUCACUCUUCGCGAACACAAUCAUUUUUUCCGCAGUAUAUUCAUCUCAAAGGCCGAACCCCUUGAUGACCGAGGAGAGUCGUCUCAAUACCCGCCGCGUCACACUCCUCAUCAGCGUCUUAUUUGCCGCGGGAUUUGCCGCCGCUGACUGGUCCUUUGGCGCAUCAUUUCGCAAGUAUGGAACGACUGGCCCCGAAAAGGCGGCCAGCGGUGUGGCUGCGAUGGCUUCGUUUGUCGCAGUUGCUGUUGUAGUGGUGGAUAUUUGGAAAAUCUGCGCAGAUGCCUCAGAGGCCCGUGCUGCUGAGUUGUUUGACCAAGAGCAGCUCGCUGAUGUAGAACCGUUUACUAAUAGUUGA